CCCCUUCGUCUUAUCCCAUUCAUCGUUUCUCUGUUUUAUAACAAAAACCUCAUCCAUUUUCACUCUCCCCCCCACUUUUUUCCGAGCUGUAGUGGUUUUUGCGGCCAGUUGCAUGCAUUUUUCGUCUCCCAAAAUGGUUUGCGAGACUAAAAUUGUUGCGGACGAACAUGAUGCUAUACCUGGGACCAAAAAAGAGUCGAUGAUGUGGAGCUCUGCGCCGGCCAGCGCAGCUCUGAACCCCGCAGAGGCGAGGGAUGUAAGGAAAGAUGUGGUUUAUAUCCGCGAGUUCGAGUGCGGGGAUCAUGAGGAGGUGCGGCGCAUCUUUUACGAGGGUAUUAUGGAGAGGAUACCCAACACGGCGUUUAGGGGGCUCAGGCAGCAUCCCAAGACCCAGUUUUUAUAUGCUCUUCUGACAGUAAUGUGCUUUUUCGUGACCAAAUCCGUCACGCUGACCUGCUGUGCGCCCCUCUUUCUCAUGGGCGCGCGCUACUUCUACAGCAGGAAAGUUAUCCACAGUUAUCUGGACUGUGCUCUGCACACGGACAUGGCUGACAUAGAGGCUUAUUACAUGACACCCACAGGUUCCUGUUUCUGGGUGGCAAUGCUUGACGGACGUGUGGUUGGGAUCGUGGCAGCGCAAGGCCGCGAGGACGACAACUCGGUGGAGCUGCGGCGCAUGUCGGUGGACUCUCGUUACCGCGGCAAAGGCAUCGCAAAGGUACUGGGUCGGCGCGUUCUGGAGUUCGCCGUGCGCAACAACUACGCCGCUGUGGUCCUCGGCACGACGGCUGUAAAGUUGGCCGCCCACAAGCUGUACGAGUCGCUGGGCUUCCGCCGAAUGGACCAGAGCAAGGACUACCGGCUGCCCGGGAUGAGGCGCACGCCGCUGGAGAGGCUCUUCUUCCAGAUCCGCCACAGCCGCUACCGCCUGCAGCUCCGUGAGGAGUGAGAGGUGACAGAGAGAGGGAGGGAGAGAGAGAUGGAGAAGACAGGGACAGAGAGCGACGACCCUCAUCCACCCGAGAGCCCAGACAGCAUCCUCUCCUCUGACAGCUUUUAUUUAUUUUGUGUCAUUAGAGAUAACGCCGAGUACAACUUAACAAUAUUCCAUCUUUAAAGUCACUAACGUUUUCAUUCCUAUUAUGCUUUAUUUUUUGCUGUUGUUUUUGUAUUAUACUUUUACAUUUUAAAUAAGAGUUUUUUUUUUUUCCUCUAUUUUAUUAAGAUAUGUUUUUGUACCUUUGCCCCUCCCCUUUACACUGUGGGAGAAAAGGCUUUUUAUAGAAGACAUCUUAACUGGCACCCUCCCCUGCCCCUUUGGUUUAAAGAUGAUGUGACUCUGAUCAAUGCUCCCCUUCAUUACUACUCCACAAUGCCCUCUCUACCCCUCCCCUAUACCUCAAGCCUUCCCUCCCCUCCCACACUCUCUGUACCGCAAAAUCCAACAGAUGGGUUUGGCACAGGAAAGUGCAGUGAGACAUUUGUGUCAUUGGGGGUGGACAAAGAAAUGGAUUUGGUUGGGAGGGGCAGAUAUGGCUUCCUCGAGAGCAACACAAACACACCAACAAGUGUUUGGGGAACUUGUGGAUCACACUCUUUCCAAAAGCUCCUCAAUGUUACAUGUUGUGUGUGCUCUGUGGAUAUAAAGCAAGUCAUUUGGCUUGCAGCCAGCCGCUCAAGACGCCAUAUUGAAGCACAGCAAGUGUGUUACUGACCCCCACAGUGAGAGAGAAGGAUGGCAGGAUGGUUACCGGAACAUGCACCUAACGCAGUGCAUCUUCCCCACACACUCCUCCUCUUCCUCUUCCUCACUGAUUUAAUUAGAUCCCUCCCUUCUAUUGUUUUAUUAAUCCCUGCGUUUCUCACUGGAGCUGUGGAGAGGCUCUCUGAUUGGUUGAGGUGAAAGGAGGUGUGGAACAGAUCCCAUGAUACAGUAUAUCUGCA